AGCCCCUGGACCGAGGGAAGGAGCCACACACAGCCGGGAAUCGGGCUCAGUGAGCGGCCACGAGCGGAGGGAACACAACGGAGACCGCACCGCCGCUUUUACUUUUCAGUUUUGUUCUCCCUUUGUCGUGAAGUUGUCUCCCGUGGGGGUGACGCGACGUGUCAGUGCGCGUUCACCCACCGGGAGAAACGGCUCCGGAGCGUCCCGGUUGUUUUCCUGAGUUCUGACACAAGUCGCCCGCAGCUGCUCCGGAGCUCAGGUUGGAUUAUUCAGUGGUUCGAGGCAGAGACGCAGCUUCACGGGGGAGUCUGCCCCGCUGUCAGAGCGCACUUCUCCGGGUCUUUUAGGUAUGCCUGUGGCCGUCACUGUGUCUCCGGACAGGUAACCAGGUGUGUUGUUGCCGCCAUGGCCUUGCCUUCCCUGCGGCUGUUUCCUGUCACUGUGGUCACAGUCCUGAUGGUGCUGGUGUCGUCUUCAGAGGAACACGAGUGGCUUUUUAACCCAGCUCAGUGUCGUUACGCCCUGGGGAUGGAGGAUGGCACCAUCCCAGACUCUGACAUCACUGCCUCCAGCGCCUGGUCUGACUCCACUGAGGCCAAACAUGGAAGGCUGAGCACAGGGGAAGGGGAUGGAGCGUGGUGUCCUGCAGGAGCUGUUUUCCCCGGUGGAUCAGAAUAUCUUCAGAUCGACCUGCACAAACUCCACUUCCUGGCUCUGGUUGGUACCCAGGGUCGUCACGCUGACGGGCAUGGCCAGGAGUUUGCUCGCAGUUAUCGACUCCGCUACUCUCGAGACGGAGUCAAAUGGAUGACCUGGAAGGAUCGCUGGAGCCAAGAAGUGGUGUCCGGUAAUGAGAACACCUAUGAUAUUGUGCUGAAAGACCUGGGCCCUCCCAUCGUGGCCCGCAUGGUGCGCUUCUACCCCCUGGCUGACCGCGUUAUGAGCGUUUGCCUCCGGGUGGAGCUCUACGGUUGUGUAUGGGAUGAUGGGUUGAAGGCGUACACAGCUCCAGUGGGUCACCUCAUGCACCCCUCUGGCAUGUCCGUCUACCUGAACGACUCCACCUACGACGGCAGCACUGAGCAGGGGAUGCAGUUCGGAGGCCUCGGCCAACUGUGUGACGGUGUCUUAGGAGGAGAUGACUUCAUAAAAACCAAGGAGCUGAGGGUGUGGCCCGGCUACGACUACCUGGGCUGGAGCCGGGAAGCUCUUGGGCAAGGCAGCGUGGACAUCGAGUUCCACUUCGAGAAACCACGCGUCUUCCACAACAUGCAGGUUCACAGCAACAACCGCCACACCCAGGGCGUCCGAGUAUUCAGCAAGGUUGAGUGUCUUUUCAAGCCCGGCAUCCUCCAGCCGUGGUCGUCUCCGGCCCUCUCCCUGCCCGUGCCCCUGGAGGAUCUGAAGGACCCUUCCUCACGUCACAUCUCACUGCCGCUCGGCGGCCGGCCAGCUCAGAUUCUCCGCUGCCAAUUCUUCUUUGCCGACCGCUGGCUGCUCAUCAGCGAGAUAUCCUUCCUUUCUGAGCCGUUUGAGGAGGAUGUCACAGUGCCUGAUUCAUUUCCUCCUAGUCCUCCCAAGAUUCCCGCCAUCAGUUCCUCUGCUCCUCCUGUGAACCACACGUCCUCGUCACCCACAUCGAGCCACAACUCCACCAACUCCACUGCUGAAGCUUCUGAAGCCCCCAUCAACUCCACCUUCAUGACGGACACUACCGGUAACUGGACGCUGUCAGGAUCGGAGAUUGUGACUCCUAGAGCCGGUCUCCCAGUGGCCAAGGUUGACAGCAGUAAUACGGCAAUUCUGAUUGGCUGCCUGGUGGGCAUCAUCCUCCUGCUGCUGGCUGUGAUAGCCGUCAUCCUAUGGAGACAGUACUGGAAAAAGAUACUGGGCAAGGCCCAGGGUAGCCUGUCCGGUGACGAGCUGCGGGUCCACCUCUCAGUCCCCAUGGACAAUGUGGUCAUCAACAACACGCACAGCUACUCCAGCCGCUACCAGCGCAUCCAUACUUUCCCCGACGACCGUGACCACGACAGGGAGGGAGAGGGAGAGUACCAGGAACCCAGCGCCCUGCUCCGACCAAGGGAUCAAAGAGACAGCACUGCCUUGCUGUUAAACAACCCAGCCUAUCACCUGCUCCUGUCAGAUCACAGAAAAGGCUCAAGACCCCUGGUAGUCCCCGGCACCGCUCAGGCUCAGGAGAAGAGCCUCAAUGUGCCCCAGGCCUGUGGUUUGGAUCUGGACAUGGAGAAGGGUUUCCCCCCGACUCAUGAGGAGCCUCCUCCCUACCCCGGCUCCCCUCCCUACCCUUCCCUCUCUCCCCCUGUAUCCCCACCACUACCACCCAGCGUCCCCCAUUAUGCUGAGGCAGACAUUGUGAGCCUGCAGGGUGUCAGCGGUAACAACACGUACGCUGUACCCGCCUUGACCUCCUCGAGCCCGGGGGCCGACGCCACCCCUCUGCCAGAGCUGCCGCGCCAGUGUCUGAUCUUCAAGGAGAAACUGGGAGAGGGGCAGUUUGGGGAGGUGCACCUGUGUGAAAUCGAGAACCCUCAGGACCUUCCCAACUUGGAGUUCCCCUUCAACGUGAGAAAAGGUCGCCCUCUUCUGGUAGCAGUGAAGAUACUGCGACCAGACGCCUCCAAGAACGCCAGGAACGACUUCCUGAAAGAGGUGAAGAUCCUCUCUCGCCUGAAGGACCCGAACAUCAUCCGGCUGCUCGGAGUGUGUGUGAGCAGCGACCCGCUCUGCAUGGUCACCGAGUACAUGGAAUGUGGGGACUUGAACCAGUAUCUGUCCCACCGAGCGCUCCUGGAUAAGACGGGGCCGUCACACAACUCCCCGACCAUCAGUUACCCAGCCCUCAUCUCCAUGGCCAGCCAGAUUGCUUCAGGAAUGAAGUUCCUGGCCUCCCUCAACUUUGUGCACCGGGAUCUGGCCACGCGGAACUGCCUGGUCGGAGGCGAGAAGGGCGAGAGCGGGGAAGAGCGGGGGGGCGAGCGCGGAAUCAAGAUAGCCGACUUUGGCAUGAGCAGGAAUCUGUACGCAGGAGACUACUACAGGAUCCAGGGCAGAGCGGUGCUGCCAAUACGAUGGAUGGCCUGGGAGUGUAUCCUGAUGGGUAAGUUCACCACGGCCAGCGACGUGUGGGCGUUCGGCGUCACUCUGUGGGAGAUGCUGAGUGUUUGUCAGGAGCAGCCGUACUCCAACCUCACAGAUGAACAAGUCAUCGACAACGCUGGCGAGUUCUUCAGAGACCAGGGCAGACAGGUAUAUCUGAGCAGGCCAGCCGUGUGUCCUCAGGGUCUCUACGAGCUCAUGUUGAGCUGCUGGAACAGAGACUGCAAGCUCCGCCCAUCCUUCGCCGACAUCCACUCCUUCCUCACCGAGGACGCGAUGAACAUGGUGUAAAGAGCGACUCGGAGAAUCUUUGGAAUGAGAUAGGACGUCACAGAGGGGAAACUUCUCGUGCGUUUUUGCGUCCUUGCUGCAGGGGCUUAGCUUCUGGGUCAGUGUGGUGGAGGUGCUGCACAGCAGUGGCAGAUGAGAGGGGGAAGUGGGUCGUUCGCUUUUAUAUUUAGUAGAUUUUGAGGGGGGUGGGGCUGAUGCACCGCUGGUUCGGUUGAUUUCCUCUUCAGGCCUCAACCCCAAAAGCAAAGCUAAUAUCAGCUUUAGAUACUAAACAGCCCGUGCUACAUGUCAGUGGUUGGUGGUGGGUGCAGUGUGCGUAGGAACUUUCUCUCUUCUCAGAUACUUUAGGUACGAGCGGGGUUUCUGUGACUGGGGAUUCAGUGCUGUAGAAAAUGCAGGAAGUUGCAGAAGCUCAAAUGUUUUAAAAAGUUUUUACCGUGAGCACAGCAAGUUAGAAAUGAACAGGUGUAAGGAUUCAUGACUUUUCUUCACUCAACACACACAGGAAUUGUCUUAGUAUUAAUAGUAUAUAUCGCCCACUCUACAUCAGUGAGAUCAGACACAGAUUAAUCCAAGAGAAGAUCUUAACACUCUGACAUGGCUGACGGUUAACUCCGCUGUGUAGAACUAUAUAUGAUGACCCGUCAUCAAAAUGAAGAAACCAGUCGCCCCCCCCCCCCCCCCUCCCCCCUCUGCUACAGAUGCCCCAUUGUAGUCAGAGAAGAACUCAAACCCUACCUUUUAAGAAGAAAAAACAGUGUCCCCUGCCAAGAAGACGUCUCAGCUCCGAGGACAAAGGCUCAGGCGAGGUGAGCCGGCCGCUGCCGAUCCAGAUGUGAUGCACAAACUGGAGCAGAGAGACAAAGCUGCCAGCUGGAGCAGCCAUCGGGGCAUCUCCAGGUGUAUUGGUGAUUUUUUCAAUAUAUAUAUUUAUAUAUAUAUAAAUGGUUUUGACCCAGGCAAGAAUAUAUGUAAAAUUCCACAAUCAGCUGCACUUUAAAUCCUACAAACCCGCCCCCCCGGCCAUGAUGACACUCUUCUGCCCGAGGGGCCUGAUACGAUAUGAUUCCUGUCGAUGUGGAUUCUGAAGCAUCUUACCUGCAGUGAUCUGCCAGUGGAGAUGAACACUCAUCGCAAGAUGUCUUUUAUAAAAGGACAUAAUCUCUUUGCCUUUUUUAAUCCUCUCCACCAAGGCGUUGCCAAACCAUUGGAUGUAAAAUAUUAUUUUUGGAAAAAAGAAAAUGGAAUGGCACCACCAGUUCAUCUCAUGUCAGAUGUAUGAAACCCUUUUUUGUUGUGAAACUGUCAGUGUGUUGAAUUUAUGUUUACUCAUCAAACCAUUUCGAGGAGCACAGUCGGUGGCAACGGGAUGCUGGUACUGGUUUUAGUGUGAAUGUGAACAUCAGCCUAUUGCGUUGUGUUUCGUACAUUAAGCUGACCGCGGUAGAAUCGAUGCAUCUACCUUACUGAUUGUAUCGCACUGUGAGUGAGUCCUGAGGUGAUGGAGAUUAGUAAAUCCCACGUUUACUAAUUGUGAAUGGUCGUGUCAUUUUAAGUCAUUUUUGAUACACUGUAGUUCAACUAAACCCGUUUUUUUAUAUAUAUAUAUAUAUAUAUAUAUAUAUAUAUACUGUAUGUACUUAGACACUCCUUGAUGUCUGACUUCUUCCUUUUAGAUUCUUUGAAGUUGACAUUAUAGUUUGUACAGAAUAAGGACAGAAUUGUAAUUUCCUUUACUAAUAUAUAGAAAGCUCUUUGUUACAUUUGGGGUCUUCUGUAUCUCUGUAGAAUGCUUGCUACCUUGAAGCCAUUGUAAUUCAUUGUGUCGUCUAUUUUUGUAGAUGUUUUAAUAAAGUUAACCUUUUCAAAUAAAUCAAAUUGUGCUAUAGGGCUGCAACUAAAGUUUUUUGAUU